GACUACAGAUCCCAGCAAGCUGAGAGGCUCGCUUCGUUUUUAAGCGUCCUCUCUGCAAUUAGACUACACCUCCCAGACUGCCCGUGUAUAGCACCCACGUGCAAAGAAAGGUUGGGAAAAGUGAGGCUGCUGGUCACCGGUGGUCGUCGCGAAGGAGGGGACUUCCUUUUCCUAGUCUUAAGCUGAGGGGCAGUUCCCUCCUUGGGUUUCUCUUUACUAGGAGGUUGGAGUUGUCGUCGGAUCUGGGGUUUCUCUGUGGCUUUGGAGCCUGUCCUGGAACUAGCUCUGUAGACCAGGCUGGUCUCGAAUUUACAGAGAUCUGCCUACCUCUGCCUCCCGAGUGCUGGGAUUAAAGGCGUGCGCCACCACCGCCCGGCUGAACAGGAUCUUAAUGAGAAUUGCAGCACAUCCUGGAUACCGAGAAGACCAAAUACGUUGAAAUCCUCAGUUUUCGACUUGGCCAGUUGAUGAAGAAACUUUUUGAGUCUUUCACUGGUGAGAUUUCUUACAUCUGACCAUGCGACUUUCGGCCCUGCUGGCCUUGGCAUCCAAAGCUACCCUCCCUCCCCAUUACCGCUAUGGGAUGAGCCGUCCAGGCUCCCUCUCAGACAAGAGGAAGAAUCCUCCAUGGAGCAGGCGGCGCCCAGUGGUGGUAGAGCCCAUCUCUGAUGAAGACUGGCACCUAUUCUGUGGAGACAUGGUGGAAAUCUUAGAAGGCAAGGAUGCUGGGAAGCAGGGCAAAGUGGUCCAAGUCAUUCGGCAGCGGAACUGGGUUGUCCUGGAGGGGUUGAACACGCAUUACCGUUAUGUUGGCAGAACCAUGGAUCACCGAGGUACCAUGAUCCCUAGUGAAGCCCCCUUGCUUCACCACCAGGUCAAGCUAGUGGACCCUGUGGACAGGAAACCCACUGAGAUCCAGUGGAGAUUUACUGAGGCAGGAGAGCGGGUUCGAGUCUCUACAAGAUCUGGGAGAAUUAUCCCCAAGCCUGAAUUUCCUCGAGCAGACGGCAUUGUCCCUGAAACAUGGACUGAUGGCCCCAAGGACACAUCAGUGGAAGACGCUCUAGAAAGAACGUAUGUGCCCCGGCUAAAGACAUUAGAAGAAGAUGUGAUGGAGGCUAUGGGGAUCCAGGAGACUCGAAGACACAAGAAGGUUUAUUGGUACUGAGACUGAGCUGCUGCCUGCUGUGUCUUCACCUUGAGAGAGGAGGCCCCUCUUCUCCAGCACUAAUAAAGAGCCAUGA